ACAAAUAUAAGAAAAAAAAACCACGGACUCAUAAGUCGAAAAUCGCGGGUAUAAUCAUUUAAACUAAUUGCAAAAUACCAUUUAUUAACAUGCGCCGUAUGAAUAAUUUAGUGACACUUUUUACGGCAAUGAUUGCUUUCUUCUUUGGCAGUUUUAUUACAAGGAUUCUCACAUCUGUAGAUAAAUGUCCAACAUUAAAGAGUGGCUUAGCUAAAUUAGAACCACAUCCUGAGCUGUUUCUUGUAAUUUUGGUGUUAACUGCUCCAAGUAACAUUGAUAAACGGCAAAUUAUGCGUGAUACAUGGCUGCACUUAGGUCAACCUUUAAAAUAUCCAUAUUACCCCGAAGACUUUGUUUAUGUGCCCAAUUUUGAUAAAAAUGGGCAUUUAAUAAUGGAAACUGUUGCAGAACAAGAAUAUCGUUUGCGUAUAUAUCUGGAUUGGCUUGAUGGUGUCCAAACAACUCACAAUAAACGCGUUAUAAAAAUUAAACAUUUCUUUGCUAUUGGUACGGAAGGCUUAAACAAUAAUGUGCGCCUUGAUUUAGAAAAAGAGCAAAAAACUUACAAGGACUUGCUUUUGUUGCCGCGUUUACAAGAUGUCUAUGCAAAUUUGACUGAGAAAAUGUUGCAUGCUAUCGACGCACUGACUCAUCAUUAUAAGUUUAGUUAUUUACUCAAAGUUGACGAUGAUACUUAUGUAAAAUUGGACUAUUUGCUGAAUGAAUUAGUUACGUAUGAUCGUAAAUUAAUUCGUAAAGCUACGGAAUAUCACACUCAACCAUUACCAGAAUUAUACUGGGGCUAUUUUAACGGACGUGCUAACAUUAAAAUGAAAGGCCAAUGGAGUGAAACGAAUUAUUAUUUAUCCAAUCGCUAUAUAACAUAUGCACUUGGUGGAGGAUAUGUUAUAUCACGUCAUUUAUGCGAAUUUAUUGCAAAUAAUUCGAAACAUUUAUCGACUUAUGUGAGUGAGGAUAUUUCAGUGGGCACGUGGUUGGCGCCUUUGCGUCAUGUGUAUCGAAGACAUGAUUCACGUUUUGACACAGGUUAUAUGCCGCGAAAAUGUCGUCGGCAACAUAUGGUUUUGCAUAAACGUACUCCAACUUUAAUGCAGGAUUUAUAUAAUGAAAAAUUAUGCUCCUUUAAUGUAGCGAAUGAAGAACAGUAUCGACGACCUCCAGAAUAUUACUAUGAUUGGAAAAAGCCAGCUGAAAAAUGUUGUGAUAAUAUUGUAUUAUAAUCAUUUGCAGAAUCUAAUAUAAAUAAAUACUAUGUAUCAUUUUAAACGAAUAUAGCUGUAUUCUCUCAGCAUUUAUACUUUCUUUGAAAGCUCCAUCAAAGCCAAAGCAGGCAUUAUGUGAUUUUGUUUAUAAAAAUAUA